AUGUCAUUAGUUUCAGCUGUUACAGAUAAAGAACGCACUUCGCAAACCACCACCAAAAAUGGUACGAAACAUGAGAAAGUUAAUAAACGAUCAGGAGCAGUCUAUCAGACUACAGGCGAACCAUUAAGUAGAGAGGCUUUGUACAGAGCUAAGAUGAAAUAUGGUUAUUAUAAAUCUCCAGCUAACAAACCUUCUGUUGGUGUUAAAGAUACUGCCAAGGCAUCUGAUUCGGCCGCCGUUUUAGCUGCAAGUAAUAGACAAACAAUUGACGCCUAUAAGAGACUAUUAGACCCAAAUGCUACUAGAGCUGCUCACGCGGUAUCUAAGACCAAGACAAGAUCUCGUACUACUAGUGUUACUUCCAAUAAGUCACGUUCAAGUGGAGAAAAUAUAUCUUCUCAAGAGAGAGCCAGCGCUGCUGCAUCAAAAGCAUUCUCCAUGACCUCUACGAGAGAACAGACUCUAGGGACCGGUGCUGCUAUGACUGACUCUAAUAAGACAAUCACCAAUAAUAAUACAAACAAAGCUUAUUCUUUGAAGAGUGCUAGUUCUGUAUUAAAACAAUAUGAAAGAGAUCUACAUAAGCCAAAACCUGAAGUUAUUCCAACUUCCAAAAAAAUGAAUCUUUCGAAAGUGUUGAAAGGUGCUGAAUCCAGAGCAGAAACAAGAGUUAGACAAAGAACCGAACCUCAUCCAGAAAAUUUCUCCUAUGGUAUCCAGACCAACGCUCACCAGUAUAACCAGUUCACUUUAAGCAAAGAUAUGAUGAAUGCCAUUAUGUCUAAGACUGGCCAAAAAGAUAUAUCGUCAUCUGACCUUUCGGCAGCAAGUGCCAGAUCAAGUUUGAAGACAUCCGUUAAGUCUAAAGCUGAAUCUGCUUCAUCAAGUAAGAAUCACGAUAUGGCUAUGAAUGCGGCUUAUGCAGUAAGAUCAUUCGAUACAAGAAAUCCAGUUGAUGACGAGUUAGAAAAACAAGCAGAAAAUAGACAGAUGUAUUUGAAACAAUUAACCUCCACAAAAGUUCUUGCUCAAGCCAGAGCCAAUGUUGAUAAAGAGAUUGAAAAUAUUGAGAAAGAAGAUUAUGGUCGUCAAUUGUUUGCUAAUGAUGCUUAUAAUAGAACAGCUGUUUCUAUUGCCCAAAAUAAUUUGACCAAAAAGAGAGCUCUUGUAAAUAACAAGAUUAAUAUGGGUGGUGGUCUAUGGCUAUCCUCUGAGGACAUUCAACAAAUAUCUCAGAACUUAUUGAAUCCUGUCCUAGGAGAGAUUACCGAGAGAGCCGAUAGUCAAAGAGCUGCCGAUGUUGAUAUUGCUAACCGUACAAAGAAAUUACAACAAAACGUUCAGAAUUGGAAUAUAUUGCAGACUGGCAAGAUUGCUAAUGAUACUAAAUAUCAAAAGGAUUCAGAUGAUAAAUUAGCCAAGGAGAAGAAUGAUGUAUUAGUUACAGCUAACAAUAAAUACAAUGAAAUGAUUCAAAGGAUGGAAGCUGAAUUGAGUAAACACAAUGAUGAAUUCAACGACACUAAACAAACCUAUGAAGAUUUGAAAUUAGAAAUGGCUAUGAAACUUGAUUUAGAACAAGAGUAUUGCGAUAAGGAGUUGGUUAAUUGGAACGAAACACGUGCAAACGAUAUCCAAGACGCAUUAGAAGAACAACGUACUUUGUUACAACCAUAUUUAUUGGAUUUACAGAGGGCACAGGAUGAACAUGAUCAAUUGAUUAAGGAUUAUGAUACAAUUAAUGGUAGAAUCACAUUCUUAAACACACAAAUCGAUGAGCAUAAGACUAAAAUUGAAAAUUAUAGCCAUGAUUUAGAGGGUCAAAGACAACAAGAGGCAAGGGACGUCUCAGAACAAGGCGAAUUAGACGAAAAUAAGAAAGAUUUGGAAAAUAAUUUAGAUAUGUCUAUAGUUGUUAAAGCUAAUAAAGUUAAAGAAGAAGCUCAAUUAUCUGCUAAGGAAUUGGAAUUGAAACAAUUAGAGAUUGAUGCAGCUAUUAAUGCACGUAAGAGUGAAUUAAAUGAAGCUGAGAUUUCAUUACAAAAGGAGAAACUAGUUUUACUUGAUGUCAUGAAGGAAUCUUCUGAAUUGGAAGGAAGUCCACAAUUGGAUGAAGAAAAGGUGAAGGCUUUGAUAGGUAUGUCUUCGGCAGAGUACUUAAGUAAACAUAGACCUGUCCAACCAGUUGCCAACGCAAUGGAAGCUAUCCCAGAGGGCGAGGAACAAUCUGCUACUGCUGCUACUACUACUACUACUGCACCUGUUAUAGUGGCUACCUCUACGUCUGCACCUGCACCUGCACCUGCACCUGCUACUACCCCUGUUGCCAAAAAGGUCACACCCGAAACAGAACCAAUCACUAAGACUACUACUAACAGAAGUCAUAAAUCUGGUAAGUUUGGAUUAGGCGGAUUAUUUAUCGGUUCGCGAGCCUCUCACGAAGCUAAGAUGCAUGAUCAAACUAAGCCUGAAACAACAACCACGGCUGCAGCCACCACGACUACAGUUUCUCUACCUGUAAACGAGUCCCGUGACUUAGAACCAUCAUUCAGUGGUUUUUCACAGGGUUCUGUAAUCAAUAAUGAAGAUGAUGAAGCAGAGGCGGACGAUGAUGUUAUUGGUGAUACCGUAGCGAGUCUGAAAGGUAAGAGCAUCACAGUCGACAAUCAAGAUGACAACGACGAUGAAGACGAUAUCCAAAUCAAUGGAGAGACUGCCCGUCCAGAAGGAAGUUAUUUAAAGGAGGUCUUUCAAUGA